AGAGAGAAAAGGAAGGUGAGGAAAUGCCACUUUGCCUUUAUGAGUGUCUGAGGGCUGUCGGGCUACAGAGUCACUAUGCCAGGUUUACCUCGUUCGGUGUUCAUCGUGCAGCCCACCUUUCGGUGCUGACCAUGGAGGACUAUCCCAUCCUGGGAAUCCGCUCUAUGGAGGACAGGACUCGGCUCUUCCAUCUGGUCAAAAUGGUGAAAACUCUUGACCUUGAAUAUGAGGAUGAUGAUGCAGAUUACGAUGCUGAUGGUGGUGAUGAAGGCUACCCUGGAGCAGAUAGUAGCUUUACUUAUGAUGGUUGUGUAGAUCCUGACAACAAUGUAUGCGAUGAUGACGAUGAGAAGGGUGCUGCUGUGAGUAAGCUAAAUACAACAAGUUUUUCCAAACCGUCACACGUUCGCAGGCAGCUUGAUUUCAGUUGUGAAACCAUGGAUCAGCUGAAGCUAUUUUCUUGUCCAGAAGACACUGUUCAUGUCUGCACAAGUCAUAAUAGAAAUAAUGUGCCAGGCCAGGGCAAAGGAUCAGCCAUACCUGUGCAGCUUGACACUGGAAGUGGCUGCAAAGGGAAGAACAACCACAGGCCAGAUUUCCAUAGUAGGUUUAGCAACAAACUAGUUGGGCACAAAGUGAGAAAAGGAUUCUCUUGGAAGGAAAAACUCUACACCGAAAUAAGCAGUAACAUGGCUACUGAACACACGGUUAAGCCAACACCUGUUUAUGAAUCAAAGAGAACAGCUGGCUACAACUACGGACUACCACUGAGUUCCCCUCCUGCUCCAAACAAAAAGCAACUAGGAGGGCAACGGAUCAGUGUGUGUCUGAGGAAAAGACCUCUGACACACAAAGAGUGCAGGAGAGGAGAGGCAGAUGUUGUAACAACUCCGAGUGGAGAGUGUGUGAUUGUCCAUGAAAAUAAAGAGGCUGUGGAUCUCUCACAGUACAAACUACAGCACAAGUUCUACUUUGACCAGGUUUUUGGGGCGGAGAGCUCCAACGAGGAUGUGUAUCGAAGAACAGCAUAUCCUCUGGUACUGCACAUGCUCAAUGGAGGUAAGGCCACCUGCUUUGCAUAUGGCCAGACAGGUGCAGGGAAGACUCACACCAUGUUGGGUUCUCCUGUGAGACCAGGGUUGUAUGCACUGGCAGUCCGGGACAUCUUUGCUUACCUCUCCACCGCUCAUAUGCACUCACCCUUGCUGGUGUAUGUCAGUUUCUUUGAAAUCUACUGUGGUCAGCUGUAUGACCUGUUGGAUCACAGAAAAAGGUUGUUUGCCAGGGAGGAUGGACAAAAGGUGGUUCACAUUGUUGGGCUGCGUGAUGUCAGAGUGGACUCAGUCAGCUCACUGUUGGAGGUGAUUUCACAGGGCACAGAAGAGCGCACACAAGGGAUGAGUGGUGUGAAUCCCCUCUCCUCUCGUUCCCAUGCCUUGCUUCAGAUUCAGCUAAGAGAUACAAACCAGCACAUUGCUGGUAGAAUGUGGUUUGUGGACCUAGCAGGAAGUGAGAGGGCAUCAGAUACCAAAGAACCAGACAGGCAGAGUCGUAUGGAGGGAGCUGAGAUCAACCAGAGUCUGUUGGCUCUCAAAGAAUGUAUCCGGUCCCUUGAUCAAGAGCAGUCCCACACACCUUUCAGACAAAGCAAACUUACUCAGGUUUUGAAAGACUCGUUUGUUGGAGACUCAAUGACAUGCAUGAUUGCCAACAUUUCACCUGGUCACUUGGCAACUGAGCACACACUAAAUACACUGAGAUACGCCGACCGGGUGAAGGAGUUGAGGGGAGAAAUAGGCCUGAGAAGAGGAAGAAGGGGCAAAACAAUACACUCCCCCAAAUGUAACCUGUCCAACAGCAGCAGCAGCAGCGGAGGCAACAUUGUUAGCACCAGAGGGAAAAGGCCCCCCAAAAAGCCAAAGUUAGGGCGACAAAGAGAGGAUUUUAGCCUCACCACACCUACCACGAGAUUGACCGCGGGGAGUUCAAUUCUCUGCUCGACACCCAAAACCAGCAGGUGGGGAGAGGAAACAAGUCCAAGCACAAGAAAGGGGAUUGGACUUGAACACAUUACACCAGUCAGAGGUUUGCUGGGAAUAGGUGAUACUCGGAAGAGAGCAGGUGGGAGGGAAGGUAGGAGAAGAGAAAGGUAUGAAGUAACUGGCUGUGUAGGCCACUCAGAUGGUGAAAAACAGGUCAUUGCAGGGCUGGUCUUGGGACAAGCAACAGACGAGCAGAUUCUCUUGAGGAAGGUACAGAAGGAAUCUGGAUUCAACCACAGAGAAAAAGAUAUUCAGCAAAGCACUUUGAAAGGGGAAAGAAAGGAGGAAAGAAGAUGGAUAGAACAGGGAAGACAAGUGGAAAGUAGAGACACAAGUAGUGAAGUAGAAAGGCUAAGAGAAGGAGGUAUACAAAAAGGUAAUGAAAGGAAUAAGGAGAAGGAGAGGCAUCUGAGACAGUAUCACCAGCAACUGCAGCAGUUUAUACCCUCAUCAGCUUCUUCAUCUGUCCAUCUCUUAUCACCCUCUACUUUUUCUUCUUCUAAUCAGGCCUCUCUAUCUUCUUCUGUCUCUCCAUCUUCCUGUUCAUCUCUCCAACACUCUUCCUGCUUCUCAGUUUCUGACCGAAUGUAUCUGGGUUUGGAAGACGUUUUAGAUGCAUACAGAGCUAGGGUUGAGGUUAGAGCCGAUUGUAACAGUAAAAAGUCUUCUUUCUUCCCCAGUGGAGAGAUUUGCUUACAAACUGAAACAUCCCCAAGCUACAGUAAAAAUAAGGAUGAGGUUGGUCACGUUGGCUCAGGUGGUGUUGGUGAAAAGCGGAGGUUAUCUAGGGAAGGAACUGAGGCAAUAUUUGGACAAGACAGGGGUAAACACGAGAAGAGGUCACAGAAGGAAACAGGUGAAGGAGAGGUAAGGGUAAGAAGGGAAGAGUGGAGGCCAGCUGGGAUGGAAGGAAGAAGAGAGAGGAGGUGGGCUACAACAUUAGAGACAGAGCGGGCAAACAGGAUGACAGGUGCAAUGCCAGCUGAUGUUGAGGCCUUAGUGGUGUACAACUGUGACUCAGAAGAGAGGAGAGAAGUGGGUGGGGAAGAAACAGAUCCCUCAGAUGUCCCAGUUGAUGGAGUGUGGAGUACUGAGGAGCGAGAAGGGGCGGAUGGCCAUGGUUUACCGUUCACCCACAGCAGCAUUGCCAGCAACAGCCUCUUUAACCACCUUCCAGCUGAGUCAUCCCAUCAACGAGCUCCAGCAGAACGACCCCUCUCCCCAGCCUGUGAACAUACCAACUCACUCCUGACCCCUAAUAAACUCAGUGAUCUCUCUCUUAAGUUUAAUCAUACCCGAUGCCCCUCAAACAUCGCACCUCUGCCAUUGCAAAAUGCUCAACAUGGAGUGCCAUCAAGCAGCUAUAGAGAGAAGCAACAACGGUUUGCAGCUCACGCUAAUAGAACAGACUUUUCAAAUUCUCAAUCGGCCACAUUACCUCUCACUUCUCCCAUCACACAGAGUUGUUGUAAAAUUUCCACUGAUUCCCUUAACAUAUUAUCUGAAAGUCCAGCUUACACAAUGGUACACAUCCAUCAAGAGGUCAAAGCCAAAAGGUCUGUUUUACCUCAAGAAGUGAUCUCCGUGCUUCCAGUGGACCAACAGACCGCCACAGCCUCCUUCCUCCAAGGGGAACAGAAAAACACCUCACUGUGUCCGCUUGAGAUUGAAAGGGGAGAAGAUAACAGGAGGGAAGUAGAAAAAGAACGUCUCACAUAUGAGGAGAUGGCGAGGAAAAUUUUAGUGGAUGAGGACGUGGAAUUUCGCUUGUCUUUUUUGGAGCUGCCAAAGGCAAAGACUGUCUGCCCUCUCAUCUCUGACACCAUGACAGCUACAAGUCACACUGAGCAAAUAAAAGGCAUGUGUUGUGCCACAUAUGACCAUUGUGGAAUAGGUAUGAUGAAGCCUCCUAUCCCUGAGGUUAUGCUGGUCUCUCUCCAGGAUCAAGAGAACAAUCAGAAACCCCAAACUACGCCAGCUAUUGACGUCCUGGGCUACAUACCUCCUGCACCCCCACUUAAAACCUCUAAAUGUGGUUCUACGCAAACUUCUGUCAUGCAGUCCAUCUCAUCCUCUGUCCAGCAGUCUGGAAACACGAGUUCACCCGGUUCACACAAUCUAAUGACAUAUGGUGACACCGAUGUGCCACCAGAUUAUGCACGCUAUAUGCUCAGCAAACUUGCUUUUUCCAUUUCAACACCACAGUCAGACAGUGUUUUGGGCCAGUUGAACACAGUGCCAAAACAGUGUCACACAGUACAUUCAAAUCAUCCCAGCAACUCAAACAUCUCACUCCAACAAAACGGUCCUAUAGAAUCAAAUAGUCAAGAGAGCACCAGCAAUCAGAAAAUCACACCCAUAAUCAAUCUGUCUACGCUGGAAGAUUUGGAUCAAGGGCAGUGGUGUGUUGUCCAGGCCCAUUGGGAGCAGCUAGAAGAGAUGGAAGCUUUAUGUCGUAAAGAGGGGACUCUUCUGUGCAAGCAACCUGAUAUGGCAUUUGGGGAGUAUGUCCACAAACUAGUGGAUAUCAUGGAGAGAAAGGCUCACUGUGUCCAGAUCAUGAUAGCUCAGCUGCAGCCAUACCUUAAGCCGAGUCAUUCUAACCAGCCACACGGCAGGGAAGAAGAUAACUACUUGAAUUCAUUAAGUUGAUUACUUAGUAUUUUAAAUGAGUAUUUUUAAGUGUAGCCUACACAUUAAAAAAUAUCAGGUAUGCAAAGCUGUGAUGUUUAUAAGGGCACAAUAUAUUUUUCACUGACAACACUAUAUUCAAUAUGCGUCAAUAUUAGUAUUGCUUUUAUUUUAUAAAUGUUCAAUUGACUUAAGCUUUAAGAGUUCACUGCUGGACAAAUAUCACUUGAUGUGUGUGACAUUAAGAUAUGUGUUACACAAGGGCACUUGUGGGAAGAGAUGUUUUCCCAUGU